CUAGCAGCAUUCAGUUAACAAAAUCUAAACAAAGCAAUAUGCAUUUCACCUCAAGUCUUCUGCUCAUUGGACUGGCUUGUGCCAUCUCGAGCGCCUGGGCUUAUCCCUAUCCUGAUCCCCGAGAGAUUGCUAAUCCGCAGCCCCAGCCACUGGCAUAUGCUCCCAAUUUCGAUGUGCCCCUGCACCGAGUGCGUCGCCAGCUGCAAUUGAAUGGAGGUGGCGGUGGAAGCCCAAAGCACGGAUUCGAUCUGAGCCUCAAUGGGCGUGCUCCUGUCUGGCAGAGUCCAAAUGGACGCCACUCCUUCGAUGCCACGGGAUCGUACGCCCAGCACCUUGGAGGACCCUAUGGCAACAGCCGACCUCAGUGGGGAGCCGGAGGAAUGUACACCUUUAGGUUCUAGGGUACUUAAAGAGCUGCCUAAUAUUUAAUAUCAAUUAAAGCCACAUAAUCUGUUUCUA